AAGAAACUUAUUAAGUUAUUCAUCUCCUUCAAUUAAUUAGAGAGCUAGUCUAAUUAAUUAGCAGCAAGUGAGUGAUUGUUAAUUAGUUAUUAGAAAAAUAUUGAAGAGAAUGGAAGCAGCAGCAAAAUCUUCAUCUUCAUCAGCAAACUCGUCGCCAUCAUCGUCGGCGACAUCAUCUCCGACCAAGGAGAAGAAGGCGCCGCAGGUGCAUGUUCUAGCUGUGGAUGACUGUGCAUCAGAUCGCAAGCUCAUUGAGAGGAUUUUUCAAGCCUCUUCUUGUAAAGUGACGACUGCAGAUUGUGGACACAAGGCACUCGAAUUGCUCGCCACUUUGGCACCUAAGGUGGACUUAAUCGUAACGGACUAUAGCAUGCCGGGAAUGACAGGCUACGAACUGCUUAAAUUUAUCAAGGCAUCGCCAUCCAUGAAACACAUACCUGUUGUGAUACUGUCAUCAGACAAUCUCCCCGCACGAAUCAAUGAGUGCAAGGAAAGAGGAGCUCAAGAUUUCUUGAUCAAGCCAUUCAAGAUCUCAGAUGUUAAGAAAAUCAUGCCCAAUACUUCAAAGUAAUUAAAUUAGCUACGACCAACCCUGCCCUAAUAAUGCACUUACGUACCU